UCCCUCUGUCACAUGGGCUUGACUACGAUAUCAGCAACAGCGAAAAGGGUACAAUCUCGUAAUUAUCUUCAACUCUAAUGGCAUUUUAUUUCCACUCAAACCAUAUAUACGUUUCACCUUCAACAACAAUUUCCAAAUUAUUCCAAUUACAACUAAACAAAACAAAACCCGCUCCGUUACUUUUUCCACACUCCACCUUUUUUCUUUUCACACCUCCAAUUUCCAAAUGUCGCCGUCAACCUCCACCGGAAACUGCAGCAAAAUCCGCCGCAUUGUUCGCCUCCGUCAAAUGCUUCUCCGGUGGCGAAAGAAAGCUCGAUUAGGAGCGUAUGAUGUACCGGAAGGACACGUGGCGGUUUGUGUGGGUCCCAGUAUGAGAAGAUUCGUUGUUCGUGCUAGUUACUUGAAUCACCCGAUCUUCAAGAAGCUUCUGAUACAAGCGGAGGAAGAGUACGGUUUCUGCAACCAUGGACCGCUUGCGAUUCCGUGUGAUGAGUUUGAGUUUGAAGAGAUUCUUCGGGUUAUGGCCCGACCCGAGUUCAGGUUCUCGACGGUUGAAGAUUUUCAGAGACGAUGCCACGUGGAUGUUAGAAGUAGUAAUAGUUGUGAAUCGAGGCCUUUGCUUCGUGACGACUCCAUUUGUUGAGUUAGUGAGUUAACUCGGUUUUCAUGGACCGGGUUUUUUUUUUUUGUUGAAAAUAUUAUAAUCAUCACUAACUCUUUUUUUGUUAGGGGGAGGGGUGUUUUUUGUGCUAAUGAUUGAUUGAUGUUAGGAAGAAAAUAUUUUACUGGUGAAAUGAUGAAAAAAAUUAUGGAUCUGGUUUGAUUAUUAUUUUAUUCAUUUUUUUUGGAUUUAA